AUGGCAAAGUGCGCUGUGAUUGAUGGCGGCAGCCAGCCAUCCACGACUGUACCCCCAUCGUCCACAGCAUACUGGUUUAACCAGCCCAUUGACCACCUUGGCUUGAACAACGGCACCUGGCAGCAGCAAUACAUGUUCAAUGCCACAUUCUACAAGCCUGGUGGCCCAAUUUACAUACUCACACCUGGUGAGGCUGCCAUUGGCACAUACUAUACUGAUAAAACCUACUUUACCAACCUCGCAGAGCAGACAGAUGGCCUGGUUGUUGCCGUUGAGCACCGCUUCUAUGGCCAGUCCAACCCCAUGCCCGAUCUCAGCGGCCCCAGCCUCAAGUAUCAUACCAUUGAAAACACAUUGGAGGACUUUGCUGCAUUCAUCCGUGUUGCCAAAUCGGACCCAGACAAUGUCUUCCCUGUAACAGUCAGCCCCAACUCAAAGGUCGUGUUCGGUGGAGCCUCCUAUGCAGCAUCUAUUUCUGCGUGGAUGCGUGCCACAUAUCCCGAUAUUGUGGAUGGUGCCUGGGCAUCCUCGCCACCUAUCCAGUAUAGAUACGAGAACUAC